AUGGAAGCUAUCAGGCUGCUAAUAUUGUGUUUCGCAGUAUUAUCUGUGAGUGGCGUUCCCACGUCAUUAAGAAAUGAUGACAACAUUGAUGACAAUCGCUAUGUAUGGCUAAGCGACGACGAUGGUGAGAUGCAUCUUGUGGAUUUAAUGGCCCCCGUCGAUGAAAAUUUGUUGAAAACUAGAAAUGGUGCCAACAAUGCUUAUUGGUUAUAUACAAGAAGAAACCCAAAUCAGCCUCAAUCGAUCACCAACGGUAACACGAAUUCAAUCCGAAAUUCUAACUACAACAGUAACUUGCCAUUAAAAAUAGUUGUUCACGGAUGGACUGGCAGUUUAAACUCAGUACUAAAUGCACGAAUCACCGAUGCAUUUCUAGCUGUUAGUGAUGUUAAUGUCAUAGUCGUUGAUUGGCACGCGCUCGCUGCGGGGAACUACGUGACAGCCAUGCAAGGAGUGCCAAGUGUUGGGCAACAUCUAGGCAAUUUUGUUAAUUGGCUUCUGAAUACUGGGGGUGGAAACUGGAACAAUGUGCAUUUCGUCGGCUUCAGCUUAGGUGCUCAUAUUGUAGGAAAUGCCGGUAGACAGGUUGGUGGAAGAGCUAGGAGGGUAACAGGUCUUGAUCCAGCAGGCCCUCUAUGGUACACCAAUUCGAACGCAUUAAACCGUAACGCAGGACAAUAUGUCGAAGUUAUUCAUACGAAUGUAGACGUUAUGGGCAUAAGAAGUGCUAUUGGAGAUGCAGAUUUCUAUCCCAAUGGCGGAAGACACCAACCGGGAUGCAAUGACGACCAGUGUGCCCACAGUCGAGCAUAUGAUUUGUUUGCUUCUAGCAUCCGCACGAACCAUUUUCGAGGUCGAUUAUGCUCUAACUUAAAUCAAGCCUUAAGCAACCAAUGCAGUGGAAGCACCUUAAAUAUGGGAAAUGGCAUAUUAAAUAAAAAUGGAAACGGAAUCUAUGGUCUUAGUACGGGAAGUAGUUGGCCGUUCUAAAUCUAAAUAAUAUCUGAAAUAAAAU